UGAAUAAUCCAUACGAUUUUCCACCGUCACCCAUUUCUUUCUGUUUAUAUAUUUCUCUUGAUUCUCAUGGUCCUCCCGCAAUCUGCAUGCUCACCAAUAUCCUUAAGCACUUACUUCUUUCCCUUUAACUCUUUUCAACAGAUAUGAGAGUUUGUUGAAUCCAACGUUGCUGUGCUAUUGAGAACAUUUGAACGAUGUUGCCUGUUUGCUCAGCCACCCCUGGUUGUUCUUCACAUUCUCAGAUUUCAUUCCAUGGAGGUCUCCGCCCCUUCACUCCAUUCCAGAAGGAUUUUCAGUCCAGAUGUAAUGCUCAAGACAAGUCUGUUUUGGGCAUGUCAAAUGGAAAUCAUCUCCAUAGAAUGUCUUUUAAACCACAAGCAAUGGAGUCUUUCUACUCCAACUUUGUUGAAAGUGCUGAACAACCAGUGUCCAUGGAUCUUAUUAAUCGUUAUUCUUGCCCAGAUGAGUUAGAUGAUGUUAAAUGCACCUUUUCUAAUGAGGGGAGUCCUUCAAUUCAAGCAAUAAAUGAGUCAACCCCAUUUGAAGUUGGGCAAUUGAAAUAUGUGGAAACUUCUAGCUUAUCUGCUGCGGAAGAGAAACUUGUGGAUUUGACAAAUCAGUCAGCUGAAAGUACCAAUGAUUCCGUAGGGAUGGUGGGACCUGAAACCGUGACAACUGUUGACAUGCUGCCUGACAAUUCCACUGCAGCAUCUAGCUCCCUGAAUUUUGAUAAUGAUUCAUUAUCCAGUGUGAAAACUGGUCUUGAUGAUUUUCUCUCCGGGUUUAAUAAGUCCAUCAACUCUUCUGUAAACAAGGGAGAGAAUGCUGUGAAAAGCUUAUUGGAUAAUAUUACAUCAUCUAUAAAUUCUGUUACUACAAGCGCCUCUGAAGCUGUAGACAAUGUGCAGGCAUCAGCUAGCAAUAAGGUUUCUAACUUGUCAAAUGACUUGACUGAAGCCUUGGGUAAAGCUAAUGCUUUUCUGGUUGACUUGUUGAGGCGUACAAUUGUUGUAGUGGAGGAUUCUUUAUCAAAUGGGGCAUCUUCUUUGGUAUAUUUUUAUGGUUCUGCCAAGGAACGUCUUCCACCAGAGAUCAAUGAUGCACUGGCUUUGUAUGAAGAGAGAACAGGAAAAGCCUUAAAGCCUGUUGGGGCUGCUUUUCAACAGGUUUACAUUGGUAUUGAGGGGUUGGAAAGGAGUCUUGGCUUUGACCCAAAUGAUCCCAUUAUCCCAUUUUUCCUUCUGAUUGGCACCUCGGCCACUUUAUGGGCGUUUUACUGGGUAUGGGCAUACAGCGGUUACUCUGGGGACUUAUCUCCUAAAUUAACUUUGGAGCUCUUGACUGGAAGGGAGAAUGCUAUUCUUAUUGAUGUCCGGCCUGAGGAUUUAAGAGAGAGAGAUGGCAUUCCUGAUCUUCGAAGAAUGGCUCGGUUUCAUUAUGCUAGUGUAUCUUUACCUGAGGUUAAUGGCUCAAUGCGGAAACUGUUGAAGAGUGGAAAGGACCUUGAUGACUCCUUGAUUGCUGCUGUUAUUCGGAACUUGAAGACUGUUGAGGACAGGUUCAAGGUCAUUAUUUUGGAUGCUGAUGGUAGUCGUUCUAAAGGAAUUGCAAGAUCAUUGAGAAAACUUGGGGUUAAGAGACCUUACUUGGUCCAAGGCGGCUUCCAAUCAUGGGUGAAACAGGGUCUCCGGAUUAAGGAGCUCAAGCCUGAGACAACGCUUACGAUACUUAAUGAGGAAGCUGAGGCAAUCUUACAAGACAUCAGUCCUUCUCCGGUGCAAUUACUUGGGUAUGGUGUGGGUUCUGCAGCAGCAGUCUACGCACUAAUAGAGUGGGAGAAAACAUUACAAUUUAUUGGUAUUCUUGGCCUUGUCCAGACCAUUUACUGGCGGGUCUCUUCAUAUGAGAACUCUGAAGAUUUGAAGAAAGACAUAAGGCUCUUGCUGGCUCCUGUCAGAGUUGGGGCGCAGGCACUUUCAUGGGCUGCUGGGAAGUUAGAAACCAAUCGCAUUGGACUUCCAACUUCACCCUCGUCCUUAGAUGUUCAAAAUCGAGUGUUGCAGGCUGCUGCAAAGCUUGAAUCUCAACCAUCAGAUGCAGAAGGAAUUCAAGAUCCAUCUCCUGAAGUAAUAGCUCCAAUGAAUGAGAAAGUUGAUCUCUCUGAAGCAUAGGUAUUAUACAUUGUCCUUGCUGUGCAGUAUGGCACUUCAUUUGAGCAUGGUAUUGGUGACUGCAAGUUGACCUCGCUCACUCAGAUAUAGUGAAUAAGACAUUAUAUGGAUGCUGACCUGUUCAAAACCAUAAGAACGAGUCCUGUACAUUUAGUUAGAUCAACAGAGUUCUAUAAUAAUCGUCCAACAAAAUGUACCAACCAAUAAAGAAGCUUGGCAAUUGUUUCCAUAUUUGCAGCUUAGUUCGGUAUUGUGGUUUUAAUUAGAAAUC